AGGUAAAAGUAGCCGUCAUAUCGGUUUUCGUGUCGUUAUGUUGAUUAAAAUCCGAUCAAAUUAAGUUCGUAAAAUUGAAUGUCGCUUUGCUAUUCGUUGACUGUUUGUUUCCUUGUUUCUGUAUAUCAGGGUUUAUUGUUUUAAUUGUCUACUACCAGCUGAGGAUUGAUGGAUAGUGGUAGCAUCCAGUUUGGAAAAGGUCCAAGAGAACUUACAGGUGCUCUUGAUCUUAUAAGUCACUACAAGCUGUUACCUCACCACGAGUUUUUCUGCAAGAAAUCGAGUCCCGUGUCAGUUUUAGACACGCACUACCUGUACAAUGUUGUCGGAGAUACAGAUAUUCGGAAAGGAGAAGGGAUGCAAUUGGAUCAGCUCAUUCAGAAUGCUCACUCGAGAGAUACUUUAUCACGUAUUCAACCAUUCAAUUUGAAUGUGCUCGGAGAAGCCUUUCGCCUCCAGGAAUCAUCAUCAGUCGAUCUACCUCCUUCUGAGAAGGGAAUUCCUACCGUUGCCGUAAAAACGAAAAGUGAGUCUAAAACGAAGGACAAGCAGAGAAAGCACAAGGACAAAGAUAAAGAUACCAAGAAGCACAAACAUCGAAGUAAAGAGGAGAAGGAGAAAAGGAAAGCCGAAAAGAAGAAAAGGCGCGAUCGUGAUGGAGGAGAAGAAGAAGCGAAUGCUGUUAAAAAACACAAGAAAAAGUGAAACAAUGCAGCUUAAGAGCUCAAAGAUUUGAUGACGUGGUGGUCGGUUUGAAUAGGUUAGAAGCUUAACAAGUUGUAAUCGACCUCCCCAAAGGCUUAUGUUUUCAUUUCCACAUCAUUUUUCAAGUGUUUGUAACGAUCGACUCAUGGAAUCGAAAAUCGUCUUUAAAAGGAAGAGAAAUUGAGGUAGAGAUUCGAGUCU